AUGAUGUUCUACAUUAUCAGUCGACUACUAGCAGUAUCACUCUUUAUAACCCUCAGUCACUGUCAAGACGGACGCAUUUUCGAGUGCACGGACGAAAAUGUUAAUGACAGCAAGAAAACAUUACACGUGCGGUGCUCGGACGACAAGGUGAUCCGGAUUAAUGAAGCUAUAUACGGUUUAAACCAGCUGAAGUACUGUAUGUACACAGUGGGCGAUUGUAUAGAGAACAUCAAUUUGGACGACGAGUGCUGUGGACGACGGCAGUGUGACGUCACCAUAUGGAGGGUAUUCUCGGCCAAGUGCGGUCAUUACGUCUCGUUCUUUAGGCUCAUAUACGACUGUAUUCCAGCCUAUAAAUCGGAUUGUGCAGUUUACGUCGACCCCGACGACCUUAGUACAAAUCCCUUACACACUUCGACGUUACCCAAUACUACAUCCACACAGAUUGAUAUGUUCCCACCAGUUACAGCGAUCACCGAUCCUUUACGUCCGAAGAAAGAAUCGACGCUCCCAGAAAAUGAAGACAGAGAAGAUCUCACCAUCAUCCUUGGAUCAGCUGCUCUGGUCGCGCUACUUCUGGCAGCCAUCCUAAGUGUUAUCUUCAUGCUGAGGAAGUACCAAUGGCAAAGUGAAAAACAAUGUGUUUUGUCAAUGUUUGUUGGGAUGUGUACACGACAACCUCCAGAUGGAUGUGAAGACCCAGAUGGAUCCAUACAACAUAUGUCACAACAUGGCCAUUCUGUGUCAGUUCAUCCGGUCACGACAGACAGAGAGGCCAACAACAACCAGGAUAAUGAAACUGUCCCCCAAACUGUUUUAACCGUGGAAAGUGACAUAUCUGAUAAUAAUCAAAAUAAAGAAAAUGCGCAGGAAGAAACGCAAGAUUACACACCACCAAGCAAACGGAAACGGAAACGAAACGAACCAAGUCCAGACAUUCAAAUAGGAUAUGACUCUAAGCUCAGAGAAUCACCUGCAUUAUUAGAUGAACAGAUGUCUUUAUACAAUCGGAACAUACUUUUCAGUAAUAAGACAGUUGGUAAACAGAUCGCUGUAAAUGAAGGCGAGGAUGUGAGACACCUGCAACAUGUUAUAACUCAGACAAAGGACAACCACCGUCCGUCCCCUCGUGCACUUAACGAGAAAACGGGGACGACUGCAGUGUAG